CAUUGACAGCUGUUUCUGAAAGAAGCUGAAUUCUAUCUGAAGCUCCCAGGAUUUGAAGACAGAUCCUCGGACAUUUCAGAGAUUGGAUAGAUUCAAAAUGUGGCAGCUUUUAGCAGCAACAUGCUGGAUGCUUCUUCUUGGACCUGUAUAUGGUUGUCACAAGAAAGGAAGCACCACAAAUCCUGAAGCUAACAUGAAUAUUAGCCAGAUUAUUUCCUACUGGGGCUAUCCUUAUGAAACAUAUGACGUUGUCACAGAAGAUGGUUAUAUCCUCGGAAUUUACAGGAUUCCUCAUGGAAGAGGAUGUCCAAAAACAGCUCCAAAGCCUGUUGUGUAUUUGCAACAUGGCUUAGUUGCAUCUGCCAGUAACUGGAUUUGCAACCUGCCCAACAACAGCUUGGCUUUCCUUCUGGCAGAUGCUGGUUAUGAUGUGUGGCUGGGGAACAGCCGGGGAAAUACUUGGUCCAGAAAACACUUGAAAUUUUCACCCAAGUCACCAGAAUACUGGGCCUUCAGUUUGGAUGAGAUGGCUAAAUACGACCUUCCAGCCACAAUCAAUUUUAUCAUAGAGAAAACCAAAAAAGAGCAACUCUACUACGUGGGCCACUCCCAAGGCACCACCAUUGCUUUCAUAGCAUUCUCCACUAAUCCAGAGCUGGCUAAAAGGAUUAAGAUAUUUUUUGCGUUGGCUCCAGUCACAACAGUGAAAUAUACCCAAAGUCCUAUGAAAAAAUUUACAAAUCUUUCCAGAAAAGCAGUCAAGGUAUUAUUCGGUGACAAAAUGUUCUCUCCGCACACAUUUUUUAACCAAUUCAUUGCCACCAAGGUAUGCAACCGGAAGAUAUUUCAUCGUAUUUGCAGCAACUUUAUAUUUACUUUGAGUGGAUUUGAUCCGAAAAACUUAAACAUGAGUCGCUUAGAUGUUUAUUUUGCACAGAGCUCUGCGGGAACAUCUGUUCAGACCAUGCUGCACUGGGCCCAGGCUGUUAAUUCUGGUCGGUUCCAAGCUUUUGAUUGGGGAAACCCUGAUCAGAAUAUGAAGCACUUCCACCAGCUUACACCUCCUCUAUACAACGUUUCUAAUAUGGAAGUUCCAACAGCAGUGUGGAGUGGUGGACAGGACUGCGUGGCUGAUCUCAAAGAUGUUGAGAAUUUACUUCCUACAAUUACCAAGCUCAUUUAUUACAAGUCAAUUCCACACUACAAUCAUGUGGAUUUUUACCUUGGACAGGAUGCACCCCGUGAAAUUUACCAAGACCUAAUUAGAAUGAUGGAGGAAUGGUUGUAAAAUUAAAUACACUUUCCUUUCCCUAAGGAAGUGGAUUUUAGUCAUAAGAAUGUGGUACACAGACUCUAGGUAACUCCUCGAAUAAUUUGUGGUCCACCCAGGAACCACAAAUUUGUGUAAUCCUUUCCUGUUGAUUGUGGGAGGGACCUGAGACUUGCUUCCAGACAGGAGAUUUGGCAAAGGUGAUGGGAUGUCAUCCCCUAAUUGCAGUCUAUUAUAUAAGAAUCCAUCUUAGCAGACUAGAGCAAGAAAUUCUCCUUGGCUUAAUAAGGCUAGCAAAUGUGGGAAGGAACCAUAUGUGGCUUCUAGGAUCUGCAGGUGGCCUCCAGCUGAUAACUUGCAAAGAAUUGGGACUCUCAGUCAUAUGAGAAAAUGGAUUCUGCCUAAAAUCUGAAUGAGCUUGGGAGUCCAUUCUUUCCUAGCUCGGCCUCUUGUUGAGAAAGCAGUCUGUCUAACACCUGGAUUGCAGCCUGAGAACCAGUGAGACCCGGAGCAGAGGACCUAACUAUGCCAUACCUGAACUACUGACCCAC